CAAUGUCGUACAGACAAGUGUUCACUCCAAGCAGACGAUCAUAACUUUCUGAUAUUGAGAUAUUUUAUAUACUUGCCACGUAUACAAAACGUAUUUCACCUCCAGAUGAUAUAAGCAGAGAAUGACAUUCACCGAAUACAAACUGACUAAAAAAAAAGUCGGCGAAAACCUACCGGCAUCGACUGUUACACAAAGUGAUGAAAUAUUGAAGCGAAAGAAUAACCUUGCCUCCCUUUCGCAGUAGUGUUUUCCAAGAGGGAGCGACUGUGAACAGCGCAGGUUUCUCUAUCUGUUCGUGAUUUCUGUAAAAAUUGUGUGGUGCUUCAAUAUUUGCAAGAGGUGACAUAAACUUCGAACAAAAACGAUGGAGCAACCGUUUUUAAGCUGUGAGAUUUGUGACCUGUAUUAUUCCAAUGAUCGUCUUCCCAGGAAUCUGCCCUGUGGGCAUGCCAUCUGCACGUCCUGUCUGGAACAAAUCCUCAUUCGGGGUAAAAAUUGCCCAGAAUGCAGGACAAACCUGGGUUCGAAGCUGGCAUCUCAGUUCCCUGUGAAUUAUCCUGUGCUGAGGUUAUGCGGCGACUUACUUGUGCCUGAUGGGUCGUCCUCCAUGCCAGUUAAGGACUUCAAGGCGUCGUACAGAGCAGACCUGAGGCGAAGCCUGACGCAGGCCAGGCAGAUAAGGGAGAAACUGGAAGGCGAGGAAUCCUCGAUAGCCAACUGCAUAAAAGACUCAGAAAGGGAAGUGGUGAACCUCCAGGAAGAAAUAGCCAAAGUGAAGAAUGCCGUGGAGGUGCUGCAGUCAAAACUCACUGAAAUUGCCACGAAGAAAUCAACCCUAGAGGCAAUUACAGCUCUGCUUGAACGCUCGAAAGACACUGUAGAAGAAGCGAAUUCUGUAACAGAAAUGGCAGAUGUGAUUGAUGACGUUGCUAAUCAUAAGGCUCAGUUUGACAGGUUCAGACUAUUAUGGUUGACUGAGGCACCAACUUUGUCACAGCUUUUGUUUGAGAGAAGAAUGAAAGUUGCUUCCAAAAUGGAGAAAAGAGAGUUGCUGAGAAAUGCUGCAAGAGGAAGCCAAAUGGUCUAUGCCACAGUCACAGGAAACGACACACCUCGAUUUGCUGAAGUGAAGUUUGAGGAUGGAAGAAUUCUUCUGUAUUCCUUGCGCGAUGGGUCUCCACCCUCUGAAGGACUCAGAAUACAAUACGACAUAGUGCGAACGUUGGCAGACGAGACUCCCCCUCUGGUAUUUUUCGAAAUCACGUUCAAUGGGAGCCCCCAGGGAAAAAUUUACAUAAUCCUGCUGGACAACGCCGGGAGGACGCUCCAGUUCCUGUAUCUGUGCACGGGGGAGCGAGGACCAUCUUACUCAAACACUCGUUUCCUCGAGUUUGCCAACACGGCAACGUACGGGGUCAAGAUCUGGGGAGGCGACUACGAACAUAACGACGGCACCGGUGGGGCUGCCCUGCCAGGAAUGACUCGUGGGCCUCAGAAUUACGAAAUAGUAACACCAGGCCUCGUCUGCGGGUACUAUUACUCAGGUUACGGAGACGACCACAAACCUUCUCAAUUCUGUAUCUACCUUGAAGAAUCGCAGGGUAAUAGUGACAUGUCCUCGCUGGGCAGGAUAGUGACGAGCCAAGGUCUAGAUAUCGCUAAAGCCAUUUCUAGGCUGCCAAAUGUGCGGGAUGCCUCUGUGUCAGAUUGCGGUAUGAUGCUGUAUAGUGCCUGAAUUUGUUAGCUUGCUAAUUAGGAUCUGAUUUCAGUGCUGGGCUGCUGUGCAGUUUAUGAAUCUGUCAAUAUAGCGUUGGAUUCUGUGGUUGGGAUGUAUUAUGAUGAGUUUAUGAUUCCUGCAAGUGAUGCUGUAUUUUGGCACCUUCCUCUUGAAGGAUAUCUAAUACUUAUUACUGCCCCGCUCUUAUUUGGUGCCUUCUUGUGAUAUGGAGCUAUUGAAAGUCAGAUUGCGGUAUGCUGGUCUUUGGUCCAGACUGUGACGCGAUGAUACUUAAAAGUUAGAUGUACGUUGCUCUUCCAUGUCUAGUAUGCAUUUAUAAAAUAACGCGCGGUUCCUGAUAGCGUAUUGCAUCACGUGAAGCCUGAUGUCUGUGAUGCUCUCAUGUCUGACUAAUGUAGCGUAUCUAUUGGGUGAUAAAUAAUUGUUAAUAUGUGGUAUCUGAUUGUGAAGAUCUCACUGACGUCAGAAUAUGGCAUUGGUAUCUAAUUGUGGUAUGGUGCUCGUUAUGGGACCUGAUUUUCAUACGUUAUCCUGUUGCCAUGUAGCACUGGAUUAUGGUGCAAUGCUGUAUGGUGUCAUGUGGUGGAUAUUAGUAUUUAGUGUUUAAUUGUUAUGGUUCUAUAUAGUCAUAUAGUCAUUGGUAUAUACAUUAUAUGGUUUCAUGUUUUGUAAUAUUUGGUGUUGCAUGGCGGUAUAAUGGUACUUUGUGUCCUUUUAUGAUAUAAUAUGUCAUUGUGUUUUACACUGGUAUGACGUUACGUAGUAUUCGAUUGGGGUAUGGUAAAUGAAGAUCUACAACAGUAACCUUAUUUGGGGGUCCUAUGAACCCAUAAUUAAUAUAUCGAAGGCCAAUUGUAUAACUAGAAAUAUAAGUCAACAACUGA